AUGAAUUCAUUAAUUACUAAGUUCAUUUAUGAAUAAAAUGUCAAAAAAUAAUAAGAACCUGCUAAUCAAAUUGAAUUUACUCCUAAUUUUAGAUUGAAUUCGACCUUAUCAAAGAAAUAAGAACUUAAUCAAACAAAACAAACAUAAAAGUUACCCAAUCAAAAAAAAGAAGAAUUUUGUGUUACAUAUGCACUUAUAAAAUAUUUAGGUUAAAAUUUAAAGAAUAAAAAUUAUCUAAAGCUGUAAUAAGCAAAAUAUUAUAAAGAGAUGAGAGAAUAUUUUUAAUUCAAGCUUAAGAAAGAAUUUUACAAGUUGAAACUAAAAAAGUUUUCACUUCAAUCCUCUUCCCACCUUGAUUCUCAGUGCAUUGAUUAUAUUGCUUAAUAUUAGGCCAGUAUUCUUGUCAAGAGAGGUAAAUCAACAAUGUGCGCUCCUCAGAAAGCGACGAGUUGGAGAGUAUGAGAAAGUGACAUACAGAUUUUUUACC